UCACACACACACUCGCAAGCACGCAUGUGGCUGUGACGCUGAGUCGGAAUCCGGAUUAUUUUGUGAUCUGAUCGCAAAUUUGAAGCACAGUCUUUAGUUCACCCUGCUGCUAAAAAAAGUGUCACUUGCAGAUGGAAUAAAUAUUGUGCUCAGGCGCAAUGCAUUUCGUCAAUCGUUUGCAGUCAGCAUAAGUGCGGAAAAUCAGAGUCUCAAAAUGUUUUGAUUGUGCUCUUCGCAUCGCGUGUUUGAUUGUGUGGGUGUGCGGGAAAAGGCGCUAAACGAACACCAACAAUCGUGGUUAUACCGUUUCUGUGAUACUGGGUCUGUUUGUAAAAACAUGACUUACGAACUGCCGCCAAUUGUAUUAAAGGGCAAAGAACUGACCAAAUACCGCCAUCUGAAGCGCAAAUAUCCCGUCUCCAAGGCCUUUCUGCAUCGCAACUGGUGGAAUGUUAAGAGGUUUAUAGUCUACGCCCUCAGUCCCCGCUGCGUGAUCAGGAAUUAUGCCUGGCGCCGGAGGCGAGGCCAUCGCGUCCGGAUUGUGCGGCGUGUUCGCAUCCUGCUCUUCGAUCCGCGGAUCAAGCGGAUGAUCAAGCGACGCCUGCAAAACGUGCGUCAGUGGUCCAAGACCUUAGUAAGUCACUACAAAAAGAUGGGCAGGAUCGAGGAGUACGAGGAGACUGAGGUGUACAGUGUGGCCGAACCCCUGGCCGCCGAGGAGCUUUCGAAGCAGAUGAAGCAGCAACUGGAGCUCCUUAAAACGGGCAAGAGGAGCCUCUCUCUUAUAGAAGACACCAAUCUCAGUGGGGAGGUCCCGUCGAAAAGGCCAAAGAAGCAGAGUGAGGUUACCCACGUGACGCCCAAUGAAGACGCCGAUGAUCAGCAAGAUUCAGACUUUGGCCCCUCCAAGAGGGCUGCCGAAAGAACGCCAACGAAGUCACCCGCACAAACAGCCGCUUUGGAGGAUGCUCCAACCCCUGCAACACCCAGUAAGGAGCAGAGCGGCCAGACCAGCACCUGCUCCAGCGCCGAAAAGCCGGACAAAGUGGAAAAGGCCGGUGGAAGCAAGUUCCUGGACAUGCUCAUCAGCAAGGUGCGCGUAAAAAACUUUGCGCGGGAGGACAACAUGCCUUCGGAAUCCUUUGCAGCUCAAUCCUUCGUGUCCGAGGAUGAGGGAAGUGAGGACUUCGUGGGCUUUGACGAGAGUGUCCACCAGCCGGGCAUGCUCCUCACGCCGCUGGUCCCCAUCAACUGCAAGACCCAGGAGGGGAACUCGGCCUUCGUUAGCGAAACGUUGGACGCAUAUAUGCGGGAACACCACAUCAACGACGACGAAAAGGACGACAAGGACAAGUUGCUCGAGCCAAUGGGACACGAUGGCCAGGUCACCUCGCACAGCAUGCCGCCGAUGAUGGAUAUGCCAGCCGUUCCGGAAGCACUGCAGCGCUUGCGAACGGUGGCGGAGAGGCGGCAGUAUCUCCAGCGCUGCAAGAACCACAAGAUGGGAAUCAUCAACAACGAGGCCAAUAUAUACAGGGAGUUGCAGCGUAAGCAGCGCCAGCGAAAGGUGAAGGUGGGGGCCAUGCAGGGUCUGCAGGCGCCCUCUUCUCAGAUGCCCUUCACCCGCCAGGGCUGGCAGGCAGCCAGUUACGUGGCCACCGAGAACUCCAACUACUACUAUCAGGUAAUCCAGGUGGAUGGAGAGAUGGUCCGUCUUCCAGGCGCCCAAGGCAAUAAUCUUAAGCGCGAGAAAAGCCCGUAUUUGAGCAGACUAACUAAUAAAGAAGAGAACGAACUGAAGUGCAGCGGCCAGUGCUUAGAUGCGCGCAUCUGCAGGGAGCUUAAGGUGAUUCCCACAAAAGUGGGUCCACCGAGAAACCCAAAAAUCCUUAACCAGUUCCCGCUGCCCGCCAUUUUUCGCCCCUGCCCACUGUCGAAGAAACCGUUUCAGAGACCACUGGACGAUGAUACGGCCGCGUUGCUUCUCGCCGGAGGAAGCAUGGCGGUGGUUAGCAUGCCAAACGUGCAGCUGGAUGUAAUGCCCCAGCUGGGCCGUCCACUCGACGAGAUUGCCAAACGGUAUCUGCAGCACAUCCUGCCCCAUCACGACAUAACGCGCGAGUGGGCCGAGUUCAGUGUGUCCACGCUGCAGACGCCACCCUCCUGCAUGAAGGAUGCCGAAGAGCAGGCUGCUCAAACGCCAGCCGGUCGCCGGAAGAGUUUCACCUUCGUCAUUCCCUAUCUCAACGAUCGGAAUCACAUUCUUGUGCGGCGCGUGGUGGAUCGAUCGGAGGAGUUGGACGAAAGCUUUAAUGAGGUGCCCGAAAAGCUCCAGGAGUUCACUUUCCGGGAGGAGCUGCCAUCUAAACCGGAUGUCGAUAUUCUAGCCUGUGCAGACAUGAUCAACGACAUGAUUAACACUGUGGCAAUUAGCUGCAGCGAAAACAGUUUUAUAAGAGAGGAUCCGGAUACGUUAAAUAACAGUGCUUCACAGAGCAAAUCGUCUGAUCUAAGUCCCUCAAAGGAGGAGACAGGCAAGGAUGCGGCUAAGCUUGGCGGCAAAACAAAGCGACUGCCCAACAAGCAAAAGCGCCUGGCCAGCGAGCUCAGGCGAUUGAAUGCCACAAUCAUAGACGCUGCUGCCAGGAACGCAGAUGCCAACAAACCCUGCAUUAAGGAUCACUGCCAAUUGGGCUGCCUGUGCGCCAGCUUGGCAGGUACAGAAUUACCUGUACGGGAUCACUGCGGAAGGGCAGAGUGUGUCCUAAAUUGUCGUUGCCUGGGUGCGGAGAAGGGUCGCGUCAUGCGGGUGGAGGCAGCAGAUGGACGAGGAAUUUCCAACGAGGAUGCGUUUAAUUUGCGUCGGAAGGCCACUGCGAGGCUAGCCAAGAUGGAGAAGGAUUUCACCUCCACAUUGGUGCUUACCGACAACGAAACGCUGUUGAUUAAUGAGUCGCAGGGCGACAAAAAGCGACGCUGCACAAAGGCCCCCAAGCGCUACGAGGAUUUCGAUGACACCAUGUUUGACGAGGAGGAAAAAGAUGUGGUAUCACCCACCUCGAAAAAGCAAAAGAAGAUUGCUGCCGCCGCUGCGGCUGCCGCAACGGCCGCUGCUGUCGCUGCUGCUGCUGCAGCUGCCAGUGCCAAGAUAGCUGCUCCUGCUCUAAGCGAACCGUGCUCGGUGAAGGAUACGGAUUUGGCCAAGUUAAAGCAUUGCUUUGUGGGGCUCCGUCGCUUGCCAGACAUUGAUAACCUGGCAACCUUCUGCAUGACCCACCAACUGUAUAAGUGCUUCUGUGGCGGAGACUCACCUGAUGGAAAGCCCGUCGUGAUCGAGAAGGAGCAGUGGAACGCGCCUGUGACCCACUUCAAUCCAGAACUGGCCACCAGGGCUCACUACAGCUUUGAGCGACCGCCGGAGGAGAUGCCAGUGAAAAAGAAGGGCAAGGAAAAGAAACCCAAGGUAAAAUUGGAGCAGAAAGCGAUCGAAGAAGAUCCAAAGCCAAACACCUUUGAAGAGGAGUGUUCUCCUUCCAAGACUGAACCCAAAGAAGAGCCGAAAGUACCUCCUUCCCUAUUUAAUGAUGAGUCUCCUCUACAAAGAUCCAUUGAGUUGGAUACAAUCUUCAGCUAUUUCCGAUCGCGACCUCAUAUCUGCCGGCGAGCCAUUUCUGUUCCAAAGAACUCCUACCAGCGCCUAAACAAACGGCGUGCGGAGCGAGUCCGUCAGCACUCGGCCCGCCAAGAGACUCCAGAAACGAUAGAGCUUCUCAAGACUCGUAUGCAGGGUGCCAUUACCUACUACCGCAAGGAACUCGAUCGGCAACGGAAGCGGGAGCAGAGCAAGAAGUCCGCUAACGCCCCUGUCAUAGAGGUGCGUGAUGAUUCCGAUGGAAGCGAGGUAAGCAGCCGAAAGAGAAGUGGAAAACCUGCAAAGGCAACGACUUCAAGCAAGCGCAUGAAGCUCAAGUCGGAUACGCCCUCGCCGCCGGAGGAGGACAAUAAGUUGGACAUUCAAGUGCCCCGCAUUGCCGCCUGCUACUCCCUUAAUUCCGCAUCCGUGGAUGUCCUGGGGUCUGGAAUGGCAAACGCCGCCGCCGCAGCUGCCGCUGUAACUGGAGCGGCACACAGUUCCGCCGAGACGGAUUCUCCCAACUUCCGGUCUUUCUACAACGAAGUGGUCAAAAACAUGAACACCCUGGUCAGCAAAAAGAUGCAGGACAUUGACCUGGCCCUACAACGCGAGAGCAAGAUCAUCCCGGCCCCCAACGAAGAGAUCCUUUGCAUCAUUAAGUGGACCAAUUUCCUGGCCGCCUUUGAAUCGGGUUUUGUGUUCAUUUGGGACGUCCAAAUGAAGACCCACAGCUUUCUGGCAGCCACCACCGCCAAUUUGAUGCCCUCGGUGUGCGGCGCAAUCGGAGUGGUGAAUACAAUGUUUGCUCCAGAUCCACAGGCACUGCCUCUAAUGGCUCGGAUGCUGAUGAAUUCCACGCGGAAUGAAAACACCAACCGUCUUGCCGUGGUUAUGCAAGGCAGGAAGAGCUUUUGGCUCGUCAAGGGAUUCCUGCGACAUAUGGAAGGCAAUGCCUGCACGAAGCCCACACCGACGACUCAUCCGCUGCUAACCAAGAAGAUCAAUGUGUUGUGCUCGCUACUGGUGAAGCAGCGCAUUAGGGAACACCAGAAGAAACUACACAGCGGCGGAGGAUCACCCUCUGAAGUCUCCGAUAGUCCGGCCGCAGAUGUUGCUGCACCAACUUCGCUGCUUGCUAAGCAACGCCCUCGGGAGCAUCAGAAAAGGCCUAAGAACGAAGAAGCGGCCGUCAGUACUACUUCGCUAGAGAGUUCGUCAGCUGGGGAGUUCACCUCUUCGGUUCCUUUAUCUAGUGCGGUGCCUGCUUCUGCUGUUAGUUCUGGAACAGCUGGUCCUUCUGUCGGUGACGCCAAUAGUUUAUCACCCGGUACUAAAUCUAAAAGCAGCGCCUCCGGAAUCCGUAGCAAUAUCGAGUUUCGGAAAGUUAACCACUGCGAUGUAGAUGAACUCCAAAUACCCGAAUUGCACAAGACCGACCACCGUUGGGUGGUGCUCGACAUCUUCGAUGACUUUUCGCAUAUCUUCGUGCCCGCCUUCGGGGACAUGAUCUCGCUGACCAGGAUCCACAAAGUGAUGAAGGUGGCCGAGGACACUCAAAAGGUUGUAAAGCUGCAGUUCUUCCCCAAUGCGCCAUACGACGCCUUCGUGACGCCAUCGUCCAAGAAGAAGAUCUACUUUGGACCGUUGAGCCUGGACAUGCCGCCGCCAGUGCUGGUUUUGCUGCAAAGCGUUGACCGAAAGAUGAUGCUGCGUGAAGUAUACCAGCGAGAGCACUCUAUUCCCGUUCAGCGCAAUCGACGGAGUAUGGCCCUCUGGGUGUUGCAUGUGAACGGACAGGUGCACUUUGAGAUUGACAUGGAGUCGACGGCUAAACUGGCGGCACAACAGAAGGAUUCUACGGCGAUUUCUGGACUCAAUGUUGUGAAAAUACCGUCCCAGUUAUCUGUGGAAAUAGAAAAAAAUGAUGAGACGGUAUCACCGGUGGUAAUUAUCGACAGUGAUGAGGAAGACGAUGAUGCGGAUAAUCAACUAGUAAUCGAUGAGCAGGAGGACCAGCAGCUGGUGACGGAGAUUAAGCAGGAACAACUGUCUCGUACAAACUUCACAAUUCAGACUUUGCCCACUAGUGGCGCAUUGCAGAUCACUACCUCGGAUUUGGUAGCUCCGACCACACGUCCAACCAAAGAUGUGACCACUUGCCAACUGACUGGGGGUUUCAUGCCGUUCAUUGCGAAUGUACCCGCCAAGAAUGGAGAAAUGCCACCCACCACCCAAUACCUGACUCCCCAAGUGCAGGUAACUACGUCGGCAAGCGUUCCCGAGACUACCUCGCCCAGUUCCUCCACCAAUUCCCCAGCAGCCAAAUUCAGCCGUUUCUCGGUGGCGCACAACAAGAUCAACGAGUCGCUGCAGGAGCUGCUGAGCAGUGGGAACACUGUAACUCCUGGUGGCAUAACUAUCACCAAGCUGGAAAGCAAGGACAAGAAACUGCCAAACGAAGCCGUUCAGAUUGGCAGCAAGCGCAGCGUAACCGGGGUUGCUAAACAAGUGUCCAAGGCGAUACCAGUACCGGGUACAGUUUUUUCAGUCGGACAUGUCAUUAGACCAUUGGCAAAUCCUAAUCUGAAAGGCAUUCAGCCCAUACGACCCGCAGCUGCGGGAACGAACGCCGGUGUUAAGUUGUAUCCCAGACCAUCCAUUGUCGCCAGCAAGCGGCAAUCCGUGCCGGGAAAUGCUAAACCGGCGGUGCCGACGACGUCCCGUCAAUCCCUGCCAGCCAAGGUGACAAUUGCCAGUGAUAAGCCAUCUCCAGUGUGCGCCACUAAGCUGCCAGUGUUGGCUGAGCCCCCUGUACGCGUAUCCCUGCCAGUUAAACCUUCAACAUCCGGCAAUCAGCUGUCGUCUCGUCAAUCUCUCCCAGCAAAAGUAGCUGCCAAACCCGUUGCAUCAGCUCGACCGGAACCGGUGGCAUCGGCUCCCCAGAAGGCAGCCAACGCUCCGGCAAAUCAGCAGGGAAACGAAGACUGCUGCUACGGAAUCAUGGGCGCUAAGGGAUUGCCGCGCUUUCGCGUCAAAGUCCAGGGCUCUGUAUUUAUGGUCAAGAUACCCGAAAAUGGAGUGCAGCGCUUCAAGACUUUCGGAGCAGCCGCCAGCUUUCUCAAUCGCCACUUGUCUGAGAAGCCGAAAUUCAAGAUGCACUUGCCGGCACAGUGGAAGUUCCUGCCCUUGGAGCGUUCGCCCAUCAAACAGAAUAGCACCUCAAAUGUGCCAUCUAAAAAUCAGCAGCCCCCGGCUGCCAUCCUAAUCGAAGAUUGAAGCGUUCUUCUUAGUUGCCCAUCACAUUUAAACUACGCUUAUUUCACCGAAAAGUUUUAUAAGGCAGCUCACACGUGCACUCCCGCUUUUUCGGAUACAUAUUAAAUAUGUAAACUGUUUAGGUUGUAGGUAGACUUAUAGAUUAACACCAUUUAAUGUUCUUAUUGAGUUUGAUUAUGGUUACACAAUUUUAAAAUUUACAUAAACGUAUUAGCGGCGACUGCAACAGAGUCAAUGCGAACAUUUAAUAAAUUUAAGCUGUUCCGGAGGAUUAUGUAGAUCUUAUAAGAUAUUAUAUUAUGUACUAUAAUUAAUUCAAAAACGUAGCGCCAAUUGUUUGUUGGAAAGGCUGUUUAAUUUUUGUAUAUUCUGCUGCAUAAUUUCAAAAUUUUGGUAAUUGCGCAGCAUAAGUUCUGAAGUUUGUAUUCUUAAGCUAAAAACUUUUUAAAUAUACUUUAAAGACAAAAAAAGUUUUAAUUAUUGUUAGUCGUAGAAUAAAAAGAAUGCAGAAAGAA